AUGGAGCGCCGCGCAUCUCUCCUCUGCCGCCUGCUGCUCUGUGUGACGGUCUGCACUGCCUACGGCGCGACUGCCACAUCGUUUCUCUCGCUGCUCCCUCGCGACAGCGGCUCUUCUGCCGCUUCUACCGCUCAGGCCACGCCUACGGUGUGGCAGGGAAAGACAAUCAUGAAAUACGUGGCCAUUAUGCAUCCUACCAAGGUGAACGGGAAAGUAGUUGGCGACAAAGGAGCUUCGGGGAGAAUGGAGUUUAAGGCAGUGAGGUUCUCUGCAACGUCCUACAGGUUUAUAUAUAAGCUCCGACUCUUCAAUCUCAAAGGAGGAGAAACGCCUUGGAUGGAUUUUGCACCAACCUGCUUCACGACUCUUCGCUACAACUCUGAAGCGACUAACAUCACAAGUCCCAAGGAUGCACGCCGUAAGCGUUACAGCUUCAUUUACGACUUCGUGGGUCAUGUGGGGACCGAGGCUGAUGCCCGUGCUAAUGUGUGGAGUUUAGUGUCGUCAACGCACGCAAUUGUGGGGCGCACCGGUAUGCAGUAUGCUCUCUGUGGUAAGGUUGUGAUAAAGAAGGAGUAG